AUGCCCAGCGAGGCGAGGCAACACAACAUGCCCAGCGAGGCGAGGCAACACAACAUUCCCAGCGAGGCGAGGCAACACAACAUGCCCAGCGAGGCGAGGCAACAUGCCCAGCGAGGCGAGGCAACACAACAUGCCCAGCGAGGCGAGGCAACACAACAUGCCCAGCGAGGCGAGGCAACACAACAUGCCCAGCGAGGCGAGGCAACACAACAUGCCCAGCGAGGCGAGGCAACACAACAUGCCCAGCGAGGCGAGGCAACACAACAUGCCCAGCGAGGCGAGGCAACACAACAUGCCCAGCGAGGCGAGGCAACACAACAUGCCCAGCAAGGCGAGGCAACACAACAUGCCCAGCGAGGCGAGGCAACACAACAUGCCCAGCGAGGCGAGGCAACAUGCCCAGCGAGGCGAGGCAACAUGCCCAGUGAGGCGAGGCAACAUGCCCAGCGAGGCGAGGCAACACAACAUGCCCAGCGAGGCGAGGCAGCACAACAUGCCCAGCGAGGCGAGGCACCACAACAUGCCCAGCGAGGCGAGGUAACACAACAUGCCCAGCGAGGCGAGGCAACACAACAUGCCCAGCGAGGCGAGGCAACACAACAUGCCCAGCGAGGCGAGGCAACACAACAUGCCCAGCGAGGCGAGGCAACACAACAUGCCCAGCGAGGCGAGGCAACAUGCCCAGCAAGGCGAGGCAACACAACAUGCCCAGCGAGGCGAGGCAACAUGCCCAGCAAGGCGAGGCAACACAACAUGCCCAGCGAGGCGAGGCAGCACAACAUGCCCAGCGAGGCGAGGCAACACAACAUGCCCAGCGAGGCGAGGCAACAAAACAUGCCCAUCGAGGCGAGGCAACACAACAUGCCCAGCGAGGCGAGGCAACACAACAUGCCCAGCGGGGCGAGGCAACACAACAUGCCCAGCGAGGUGAGGCAACACAACAUGCCCAGUGAGGCGAGGCAACACAACAUGCCCAGCGAGGCGAGGCAACACAACAUGCCCAGCGAGGCGAGGCAACACAACAUGCCCAGCGAGGCGAGGCAACACAACAUGCCCAGCGAGGCGAGGCAACACAACAUGCCCAGCGAGGCGAGGCAACACAACAUGCCCAGCGAGUCCCCGCCAGGUGUGUGA